CACGUCAUGGCUGCUGGUGCCCGACCCAUGGUCAAGAACUUUGGCAUUCUUUCUCUAUGCCUUGAAUUUUUAUUACUUUGAGGUGUUUCUUUUUUGCACUGUCAUUCCAGAUGUGAUACGCGGAGUAAAUCUAUCGUUUAAAAGUGUGAUAACUUUACUCAAAACUUUCUGGAAUGGAUUUGGUCUUGAUCUUGGCAACAGUGACAUUGUUGUCUCUUUACUUUUGGCUCAAAAGAGAAGAUCGACGUCUGCCGCCAUAUCCCGUCAUGCCCUUACCAAUAGUUGGACAUAUGUUUGAAUUAACCUCUGACCUAAGGUCAAAGUUCAAACAAUGGCGGGCGAAAUGCGGCAAUAUCUUUUGCCUAAAAAUUGGGUCAAAGUUCAUGGUGGUGCUCAACGGAUAUGACCUUAUCAAGGAAGCCUUCGUACAAAAAGGAGACGUCUUAUCAGAUCGACCCCUUACCCCUUUGGACUUGGUCUCAGGAUUACAUCACUAUGGCAUAGUUACAAGUUCUGGAAAAGUCUGGAAGGAGCAACGAGCCGUCGGGUUACAAAUUCUUCGAAAUUUCGGACUUGGAAACAAUAUAUUAGCGGAUAAAAUUCAGAAUGAAAUAUCCUACUAUAUCGAACAUUUGUCUGAGAAUACGGGGAAACCCGUUGACAUUCACUUGAUCACCUAUGUCAGCACUUCUAAUAUUAUUUGCUCUAUAUUGUUUGGACAUAGAUUUGAAUACACUGACCAACUGUUUCAAAAAGUGGUGACCAACGUGUCACUCUUUUUGGGCAAUUUUCAUAUCAACAGUGCCAUUCUUUUUAUUCCUCCUUUACGACAUCUGCCCGGAGAUUUGUUUAGAGUUAAAGAGUCUGAGAAAGUUGUUAAAGAAAUGUUCCAAUUUUUUGACUCUUGUAUUGAAAAAUGUCGUAAAGGGGAGACUGGUGAAUGUUUUAUAUCAGAAUAUCUCAAAGAACAGGACAAGAGAGUUAAUAGUGGCAUUGAAACAUCCUUGGAUGAAACUCAUUUGAAACGAAAUCUGUUUGAUUUAUUCUUAGCAGGAACAGAUACUACCUCUAACACCAUCUAUUGGUUUGUACUUUAUAUGUUGCAUUAUCCAGAUGUUCAGAAAAAAAUAUUUGAUGAAAUCAAUGAGCAUGUUGGAACAGACAGAGUACCUAAUAUCCUAGACAAACAGAACCUGACGUAUUUGAACGCAGCUAUAAUGGAGACUCAGAGGAUCUCAAGUACUGUCGCAAACGGUCUAGCCCACACUUGCCCAAGGGAUGUAAUCUUAAGGGGUUACACUAUACCUAAGGGGACCUUCGUCCUACCGAGUGUGGACUCUGUGUUUUAUGACGAGAAUAUUUGGGGAAAAGACGUCAUGACCUUUAGACCGGACAGACUUAUUAACCAAGAUGGAGAACUGUUGAAUCCGGAGGAGUUUAUUCCGUUCGGCUUGGGAAGACGAAUUUGUUUAGGAAAAGCCAUGGCCAACGUCGAACUUUUUCUCUAUCUGGCCAACAUGCUUCAAAAAUUUGAGUUUCAACCCGUGGAUCCUGCGCAGCUCCCUACAUUGAACUAUGUCUUCGGGCAGGUAGUAUAUCCUACCAAGUAUCAGCUUCUAAUCAAGCCUAGAGUCGGUUAAAGCUCAAGCAAGCUCUAUAUACAUCCCAGUGUAUCUCAACUGAUGUAAAGGUAGUCUGGUGAUAAGAUUAUAAAUGAGUAUCUGCCUGGGUUGAGAUCCAAUGCCUCUAAUGCCAAUUGUCGCUUCUGUCCUUACACAUCUUAUAAAGGGACUGGCUUUGUUUCACUCUAGAUUGUAUUUUAUUCCACUACUGCACAAAAUCUUUUUUUUUUCUCUCCUUUGUAGUUUUGAGUUUUAUGUAAUGAUAAGACUUAAACAAAGACGUCUCUACCUUUUCUAAACACAUGACUUUUACAAGAAUUUGUUUCCCCUUUUCUUAAAGCGGG